UAUUCAAAGAAAACACUUUCAGCCGAAUUCAACAUUCAGUUGACGGUUGACCGUCAUACGGAGCACUUCUCGAUGCACACAGCAUUAACGGCAAAACGAACGAAGAUAUUCAAACAAAAAUUAAAUUAUAAUUUAUAUCAUUCAUUCAUUUUUUGUAAUCAAAUUGGUUAUUUCAUAUGAUUUCUGUGUGUUUGUAUAAAACGUGAUGAUUCUUUCAUUUUAUUAUUAUUCCGUUCGAAUCAAAUAAAAGACACACAGAGAGAGAAUCAUAAAAUAAAAUAAACGAAAAGAACGAACAUUUAUUAGACGAAAAAAAAAAUUAUAUAGUGUUUGUGAGUGUUUAUUUCUCGUCUUACAUUUUCGGAGAAAGAAUAAAAUAUCAUCGAACUGAGACACACACACACACACACACACACCAGAAAACAGUCGAAAUAAAGAGAAGCAGAAGAAAAAAAAAAUCUGAAAUGAUUGAUUUGUGUUUCAUAAAAUUUUAUGAGACGAAGCACGGAAUCAACAAGGAAAAAACAGUACCAAAAACGUAAAUAAUAACGCGAGUUUAAAUAUAAAUAGACUUUUAAAGACUUUACAUACAUAGACAUAUUAUUACGGAGAGCAGUGACUGUGUUCGCCGUAUUGAGCGAAAAAUAAAGAAAAAAACAACAAUAACAACGAGACAAUAUAAACAAUUGGCGAUUUUACUUUUUUUGUCUACACCAUCAACGAGUGAAUAUCGUGUAUAUAUUAAACCGAAAACCGAAAGAAGGAAAAACAGACACAAACACACACAUUUUGUUGUCUUCUUCAUCAUCAUCAUCAUCCUCAAUCGGUUCUGGUGUUUCUUCGCUCUUCGUUGUGAUAUUUUGUGUGUUCGCACAUUCAUUCACAUAAUAUGCGAAAAAUACACGAAGACCUGUGACAGAAAAGACACAUAGGCCACAUAUGAAUAUAAACUUACCGUUUAUAAACAAGAGCCAAAAGACAUAAAGCGACGAGUGAAAGAGUGUGAAUUUCAUCGAGUGAAUAUUAUACAUACACAAACACACGAGUUGUAACUAAAUAUUAGGCCGGAGAAAAGAAGAAGAAACGAAAAAAAGAAGCGAAACAGAACGAAAACAAAACAAUGUGUACGUUUUUCAAAUAAUAAUACUUAAAGCAACAACAAAACGAAUGCUCAUUAUUUUUCCUCUCGUUGAUUGAUAUAAAUUUGGUAGUGCGUUCGUGUUACUUUGUUAAUUUAACCGUCAUUGAGCGAAUGAGUUAUAGUGCGUUGAUGUGAAUUUUUGAGUCACACACAAUGAGCAAAACAUGAGGUGGACUCUAGUUUUGACACCACCCCAUUAUCAUUGAUGAACGUUCUGUGUUCUUUGUUUUGGUAUAUGUCAACCCAGCCCAGCACAGGAGAAAACGAAAUCAUGGCAACGUAGAAUAGUUUGAAUUGAUUUAGCGACUUUUUCUCGCUUCAACAACAACAACAAAAAGAGAAAAGCAAAGAAAAGAAAGUGUGGUUUCGUCGUACGAAAAAUACGAGAGAAAAAAAAACUAACAAGCAAACAAACACAACCCAGAAGAAACAGCCAGAAAGAAAAAAAAAACACUGUUCCUUCACCACGAUCGACAAACACCAAUAUUGAAAACAUAAGAAAACGGAAUAAGUAAAACCAACCCCCGAAGAAAACAUGUCCUGCUGUCAUGGUCUAUUCCAACCAAAUAGCAAUCAUCCAACAAUAUCGGGUCAAAUGUGUCCGUUCAUCACACAUCGCCAUUCACAUAAUCCAAAUCGAACGGAUGUCGUUCGUCAGCCCGACACAUUGCUGGAUAUAACGGCACGUAUUGUUGCCGAAUCGGAACCAUUUCAGCGCAUCGAAGAACGUUAUGAACGUAUACCUGAACCUGUUCAACGGCGCAUUAUAUAUUGGUCUUUUCCGCGAAAUGAACGUGAUAUCUGUAUGUAUAGUUCGCUGUCAAGAGUCUCGUCAACGAAUGCCGGUGAAACGCAGAAUUUGAGUUUUUGCAAGGGACUCAAACUACUGGAAUCAAAUUGUGUGGAAAAUGUUCUGCAAGUUGGAUUCCAUCUUAGUGGCAUUGUUUAUGAAACAAAAGCAGCUAUACACAAUCGAAUUGCUCCCGAUGCGAUAGGUUUGGCAGCCGGCGGAAAUGUGGGGCAACCAGCACAAAUUCAACCACAACAACCAGUCCAACCUCAACCGCCUCAUCAACCACCGACAUUACGAUUGCCAUCCGUUGAUCGAGACACAAAUAAUGCCGGUACCAAUUAUCCAGCCGAAGAAAACAAAUGCUACAAAGUGUCUGUCAGUUUUGAUCGAUGCAAAAUUACAUCGGUCACAUGCAGUUGCGACACACGUGAUAUUUUUUGGUGCCACCAUGUCGUCGCAUUAUCACUUUAUCGAAUACGCAAUGCCGAAACAGUUAAACUACGAGUUCCUAUAUCUGAAACCCUCCUCCAAAUGAAUAGACAACAAUUGCAAAAAUUCGUACAAUAUCUUAUAUCAGCGCAUCAUACCGAAGUAUUGCCGACUGCACAGAAUUUAGCCGAUGAGAUUUUACAACAGAAAUCUGAAAUAAAUGCGAUUUGUGGUGCACCCGAUCCAACGGCCGGUGCAGCCACCAAUGAUGAGCACUCAUGGCAUUUGGAUGAGACACAAGUAUGCGAAGCGGUUCGAAGUUACUUAGGUCAAGGCAAUAACUAUUACAACGGAAAUAAGCAAUUGAAUUCAUUGUUUGCCAAAGUACGGGAAAUGUUGCGUGCCCAAGACUCAAACGGUGCACGAAUGCUAACACUUAUCACGGAGCAAUUUUUAAAUGAUCCAAGGCUGGUGCUGUGGAAAAGCAACGGAACACCGAUGAAUGAAAAAUGUCGACAGCUAUGGGAUCAAUUGGGUAUGCUGUGGGUGUGCAUUGUACUGAAUCCGCGCGCCACAAAUGCCGAACGUAUGCAUUGGAAAGCAUUGCUGGAUAAAUGGUCGAAAAAUGAAGUGUGUCCACAGGAAGAUCCAGACUUUCGACCACCCGGUCGACCGGAAAAUUAUCGUGAGCGGUCACAUCGGAUACGUGAACGUGAUCGAAAUCGAUUUUUCCGCGAGAAUAACAUCCGAAAUAUGAUGUACCAACGAAAUCAACAGCAACAACAGCAACCUAAUCGUGACAAUUACAAUAACAACAACGAUGACAACUAUGACAGUUCCGAAUCGGAUUCGGAUUCCGAUGCCGACAUGGAUGAUAAUCAAGUGGACGGUGAAAAUGAAGAUAUGCAAGUGAACAAUAACGCACCGAAUAACAAUGAAGAGGAUGAACAGCGGCCACAUAACGUUAUGCUCGAACGUAUCGAUUAUCAAAUGGAUAAUCGUGAAAAUGCAGCAAAUAUUGCGGACGAUCCUCGACCCGAUGCAUUCGAUGAAAAUAGCCGCGGUAAUUAUGAGUUGCCAAUUUUAGGUGAAAGUUCGGGAUGCAAUUUAAAUUUGGAAAUUGCACCGCCAACUGUCAACGACGAAAGCUCACGCGAAUCAAUGGAUAUGGAUUAUGAGAAUGAUAAACCAACACUUGGCAAUAUUAUUGUCGAACGGAAUCCACGCAUGGAACAGGCCAAGGAACGAAAUGAUUCGGAUGAAGAGGUUAAUUUCUAUGAGAAUGAUGAGUUUUGUAGUUACCUACGAAAUGGCGAAGGCGACGAACUGAAAGGAUGCAAAUGUCGAAAAUGCGCCAUCAAAAAUGGCCCACAUGUUGAGUGUAACAAUUGCAAUAGCACCGAUUGUUGCGAAGAUCUUGGCGUUUGUUUUAAGAGCCUCGACGAAUCACGUGAGUCGCACAACAAGGGCGGACCGUCGUCGUGCGGGAAAAUGUGUGCCGAAAAUGAUGACGAAGAGUUUAACAAUCGCAAGAAUUUGGGCGGUUUUGGAAUUAACAAGAAUAUCGAUGAUAAAAUUGCCGAUUACAGCGAUGACAAUGACAUGGAGUGCGAAGAACAACCGGUAAAACAGCCAACACCAUUGAAGUGUACGUGCUUCGAGGCGAAAUUGGAUCAUGUGAAUGGUCAUUCGUCAAAGAUGUGUUUAGAAUUGCCGAAAGGUCCGUGCGAAAAGUGUACAGCUAAGAAUGAACCAUCAACAUCAUCCUCUUUAUCCUCCUCAUCAUCCUCAUCGGCUGCAUCAUCAUCAUCAUCGGAGAUGGUCAAAAAACCCGAGCCAGAACAGGAGAAAGUGUUGGAGAACGCCGAACCAGAGAACAAGGCGCUCAAUGCAAAUGCCGAUGCAGAGAAUGCGGAGGCGCACCAGGAACAGGAGCAAGAGCAAGAGCAAGAGCAAGAACAAGAACAAGAACAAGAACAAGAACAGGAGCAAGAAGCAUUGAACAAUCGUGCUGCUGUCCGACACCGUGAUAAUAACGCUGAUCUCGAUAAUGUUCGGCCCAAUAAGCGAGCAAAAUUGAACAAUGGCUCGGCAUCGAGCCGAAACAAAGCGCCACGCACAAUCUUCCACAAGGCAUUGGACGCCGUCAAUAUGACAUGGGAUAAUCAACAUUUGAAAAAUAUUUUAGCUAGCAACACAUAUACGAUCAGCAGUUCGAACGCAGUUCAAACGGCCGGUUCCAGUAAACCAUCGUUAACCGUUCUGACGACGCUAAAGGCAAAUUUCAAUGUAGCCGGUCAACCAUUGUGGCAUGAGCCGUUGGCAAUGUGUGCCGCACGAGUUGAUUCACUUCGAUCGCAUGGCCACACGGAAGCCGCUCUUCGGUUGUCGGUCAGCGUGGUGCGUACCAUGAAACAAGUGCAAAAAGAUGCACAAAUGAUAUGGAAACGUUAUCAGACCUUUGCAAAUAUUCCAUGCAACGAUGAUAUCCCGAAGAAAGGCAAUAAUUGUUAUUGUAAUUGCCAGAAAUCAUCGUCACCAUCGUCAAAAAAUCCCACAAACACAAUGGAACCAUCGACCAGCCGCAAUUCAAAUGGCAACCAGCCAAAUAAUAGUAAUAAUAGUAGUAGCAGCAGCAAUAGCCGCAAACGCUCUUAUGAUAGCACACGCAAUAGUAAUAUGGGUGGAUAUGCGUCGUCAUCAUCAUCAUCAAUGUCAAAUCGCGGAUAUAAAAUGUAUCGCUUUGAUUAUCACUCGUCUUAUCGAUAUGGUAUGAACAAUGAUGGUUGCAAACGAUGCUUAGAGGCACGCGAACGUGUCGGUUACCAAAACUCAUUUAACAAUAGCUACAAUGCAAAUCGUUUCAAUAUGAAUGGCAAUGGUAUGCAUCCGCCAUACUUCCGCAACAAUUUCGCACCGAUGCACGGCGGAAAUAUGUUCGAUCAACGAUUCAAUUCCAAUCAUUUCGGUUCGAAUAGCUAUCGAUAUGGUGGCAAUGGCUAUCCAACGCAUAUGCCAAAUGGAAAUCAUGGCGGCGGUGGCCAGUGCCAUUCAGACAAUUGUAUUGUAAUGCACCGUCCUCAGCAUCAGCAAAAUCAUCAUAUGCCAGCAAAUGAUGUACCGUAUGGACAUGGUAACAUGUACAAUCACUCACGACCACAUUGCAGUCGUGAUUCCAUGGAGCACGGCGGUGGCAGUGGUAGUGCUGCUGGUAUGAACAAUCAUUUGCAUGGAAAUUUUCAAAAUAAUUCCGGCAAUUCGGCAAAUCGAUGCUCACACGAUCUCAAACUACGCGAAAUGAUUAACGCACCAAUGCAACCGAGACAGCCCAUGCGACACGAAUCAAGCAGCAGUCAAAGCGGUAGUUGCCGUAGUUGCGAUAACAAAAAAGCUGACGAACCAUCGACAAGUGGCAUGGCUGCUGGCAGUAGCUCUGCCUCAACGUCAAAUGCAAGCGGAUCGAAUUCCGUGCCCGGUAACCAUAAUGAAAAUCAUGCGAGAAAUAUUCCAAUCAACAAUGGAGAGUUGCCACAACAACAUGCCUGUUCACAACACUCGAAAAACCAAUGCUGUGUCAAAAACUACUGCUGCAAUGUUUCAAAUGACAACAAACCAAAAUGUUGCCGCAACGAAAUGCAUCACAUGAGCCAUCAUCCGUGCCAUUGUUCAAAUUCAGCGAAUCAUUCGAACGUUGGUCCAUCAUCAUCGUUCUCGCAUGCGAGUCAUAUGAAUCGUUCAUCCAAUAACAUUUAUUUCGGUCGUAAUAUUAGCUUCGAAAAUAUUCAUCCAAUGAAUCGUUGCCUACAGAAGCAACGCGAAGAGUAUUCAUGCAACUGCUUCCGUUCGUCGGUACAACCCUCAUUAUCGCAGCAAUCACAUAGUGUUGCUGGUGGUAGUUCAUCAAGUCAUAAUCCACAGCCCGGCCCAUCAACAUCGAAUGGUAUCAAUGUUGGCGCAUCCACAUCCAAAGCAUCAUCCAGUUCAAGUGCUCCCAUGCAAUUACCCAGCGAAUUUACUAGUAACAAAAAACCGAAUUGCACAUCGAACUGUAUUGAUUGCACCGUUGGCUGUGACAUUGAGUUCCCACUUGAUGCAGUCGCUUGCAUAUUUGAUUGCUUAACCGAAGCCUGUAUCAUUCCGGAUGCAAUGAACGGACCCGACAUGGGCCGUUUAUCAUUCGAUAGCGUUACAUCGGCGGCUGAAGAUGGUAGUCUAAUUCCGCCACGAUAUCAACAUGUGCCCGUUCCACAUAGCAACGAUCUAAAUGAAACCUAUUUAACGCUUGGCUUUGAAUCGGCCGCUUUGGCGCUCGCCAAACAACGUAACAUGCCACAUGGGCUCUACUCACAGCACGUGAUCUGCAAGCAACAGGAUCAAUUAAUUCAACGCUUAAGACACGUCGAAUUAGAUAGAUUGUUGAUUGAAAUUUUGAAGCAAUUAACCAGCCAAUUGUUGGAUGGCGGUCCAACCAGUGGUCUGGGCGUUUCCAUUCAUCCUGAAUCAAUUCCAAUGCAUACAUUGGCACGUUUCUUAUUCGCAUCACUGUUGACACACUACGAUGAUUUGGCAUUCUUCGUGGGAUUGCGCGCAAUGCGUCUGCCAAUCCUCGAAGAGUGUCCAAAUGAUAUGCAAAUGGAGAAUAGCAUGGAAUUGGCCGGUCCACACAAUAAUCAACAUGAUGGAUUCGUUUUGUCUAGAUACCCCAGCCGCUGGUGGAUUAUGGGCCAUUUGGAGACUCAACAGUGUUCACUCAGCAGCACAAUGCUUAGUGCUGCCAAAGGCGAUCCAGCUCGUUUAUCUCAAGUGUUGGAAAGUGCUCGUCGUAAUAUUCACAGUUCAUCACACCUAUUCAAGCUCGCUCAGGAUGCAUUCCGCUUUGCAACACCGGAAAGUGAUCAUCGCAAUCGCACACUGUUGGGCGUUGCAUUCGAAUUGGGAUUGCAAGUGAUGCGAAUGACAUUGACAUGCUUGAAUUGGCGUCGUCGCGAGAUGGUUCGUUGGCUUGUGACCUGUGCAACGCAAUUGGGUCUGGAUGCAUUGAUGGCCAUCAUGCAAAAUUGGUUCCAAUUAUUCACACCAACCGAAGCCACCGGUCCAGUUGCAACCACAAUUAUGUCACAUUCAGCUCGGCUCAAUUUGAGUGUCAUGCAUCAAGAUGAAUUGGCUGCAUGUGCCCGCAAUUUGGCGUUGCAGUGUGCAUCAAAGGAUCCACCAAACUGUGCAUUGAAUGCGUUGACAUUGUGUGAAAAUGAUAGACUCGCUUUUGAACGGGCCUAUCAGAUUGUUAUCGAUGCUGCUUCGCACAUAAUGACCUCGAAUCAGCUGUUUACAAUCGCACGCUACAUGGAGCAUCGCGGCUAUGCUGAUCGCGCGUAUAAACUCUCAAUGUUGGCGAUGAAGAAUGUGCAUUUGGCAUACAAUCAAGACACUCAUCCGGCCAUCAAUGAUAUUCAUUGGGCGUGCGCUCUGUCUCAUUCGAUGGGCAAAGCUGAAUUGGCGAAUAUGAUACCAUUGGUCAUCAAAAAUGUACAGUGUGCGACGGUACUAUCGGACAUUCUACGCAGAUGCUGUGCACCAUCCAUUGGCCUUUCACAUUACAACACACACCAUCGAGGUAAUAUGCGAACAUGCCAGAAACUGAGCUACGAUCGGGCUCCGUUGCGUCAGCUGCUCGAAGCUGCUGUCACAGCCUAUGUCAAUACCACACAUUCCAGAUUAUCGCACAUUUCGCCACGGCAUUACGGUGAUUUCAUCGACUUUUUGAGUAAGGCGCGUGACACAUUCAUUUUGGCUCGUGAUGGUCCAGCCCAUUUUUCGCGAUUGAUCGAAAAUAUAACGGUUGCAUACAAGGGAAAGAAAAAAUUGGUUCGACAAGUGCGGCAAAGAUUUCAAUUUGUCUAAUUUGAUUUCAAUUUGUCUAAUUGAAAACGAUCGGACCCAACCUAGGGGCAGCGCAUUUUUUGAUCACUUGAACUGGAUUUUGAGAGAAGAUCGGCAAAAGAAACGAAACAAUGAGUUUGCAUUUACAACUAAGAGAUAUUUAAAACAAAUGAACUGUUUUUUUAAGGUUCGUUUGCGCCCAAGAAACAGAAAAAACAAACAAACACAAAAGCAACAAAACAAGACGAAUGAAUACAUUUUGCAAGCAAUGAAUUAUUUAGAUGAAUUACAUUUCGUGUGCGUGUGCAAUUAAAUAAUGAUAAAUUUCUUCGCAACAAAAACGAAACAUUCAUUGCUUCAUUGUUUUUUUUUUCUCGCAAAUUUUGAAUUUCACUCUUGACUAGGGACUUUGAACAUUAUGAGCCAAUGUUGAACACACACAUGUGUGCUUAUUAUUUGUUUUAUUUUUUUUUAUUGCUUUGAUUCGUUUUUGUUUUGUUUCAUUUUGAUUUUUUUUUUUUGAAUGUAUCUAUUCAAAUAGAUCAAAUAAUGACUGACACAGAGAUAAAAAAAAACCAUACUGAUAAUCGAAAUGGAAAUAGAGAGCAGAAAAAAAAUGUAUAACCAAAACUAUAGCCAUAUAAAAUGCCUCAAACAAUUUUUUUUUCUCUCGAUGAUAAGCAGCAAACUCGACACACACAAUUAGGGGUGUGUAUGUGUGCGCUUAGGAUAUUAAUCAAUAAUUUAAUCAUCAACACAAGUAAAUUAAAUGCUGAACAUUCAACAACCAAUAAAGAGAGUUCCUGCAAUUAAACAUGACUAAUUUAGAAAAUGAAUUGCGAUAAAUCGCAUGAGAAGUGGGAGAGAAAGAGAGGAAGAGGGUGUGUAAGAGGAAAGCAAACGAUAGAAUAUAUAUUCAAAUUACUCAAAUAAACACUUGCCUCAUGUAAUUUAGAAAUCGAUUGACAUUUUGUUAUUUAUCAUUUUUCACAAGCACCAGCCAGUGAAUUUGAUUGAAUUCGAUGAAUCUUCUGUUUUUUUUUUUAAUAAUUCUAAACAUUUUUGUUAGUUAACACAAAACAAAUUCAGUUGAAAAUUGUGAGUUAGACUUUAUUUUAUUUAGUAAUUUUUUAUGAUUUAGAAACAAGAAACGAUGGCAACGCAAGAGAUUCAUUAAUGUGCGAAAUUUUAUGUAAUUAUGUAAUGUUUUUUUUAUUUGAAUUUGUUUUCCGAGACGAUGCGCUAAAAAAAAAAAAACAAUGUAAAUAUUAAUAGGAAAAUAUUUUGGUCUUGGAAUUUUCUUGACAAAAAUCAAAAAUACAAUGAAAAAAUGCCGGUGGCAUUUAAAACAAAACGAGAAAAAAAACACAUUUUGUACUUGAAUCGAUAAAAUUUGAAGAAAAGAAAAACAUAUUCGUGAAAUCAUCACACAUACACAAUUUUCUAAGCACAGCAACCCAUUUUACUGGCCGAAGUUGAAUGCUUUUGAGUUCGAUUUUUUUUCUUCAAUUUUUCAAAUUGUUUUUAUUUCAAUGCAAUUGCUUAUUUUUACCCAUCAAUGAUGACUGAUCUCGUUUAAAGAAACAUUUUGCAAUUCUUUGGAUUCAUUUUUUUUUGUUUGUUUCACAUUAGGACGAUUACGUUUAGCGUGAUGACUGCAAGAGAAUAAAUAUGAUGCUGAAUAAAUUGAAUAAAAAGAAAGAAGAAGGAAGAGAAAAAAAAACAAUAAACUACUGCCAAAUAACCAUAAAUGCUUAAAAUACGAGUACUGAAAAACACAUUAUGCUAACGUUAAGAAAUUACAAAAAGUUACUACGACGACAACAACAAAUAAACACAUUUCACGUGAAUGCGGCGAAAAGGGGUGAAUUUUGCUGAACAAAAAAAAACCAAUCAAAAGAACCAUCAAAAAUGCAGCAAAUUAUCUAACCGUCAGUCAGUGCCUGAAAAUUCGCUAUCAAAUAAAUGAAAAAAAAAUUAGACCUUUGGUUUGCUCAUAUCAAACCAACCAUAGGCAUUUAUGCGAUUGAAAUUCACAUUCAACGUGUUCAACGUUGAAAUCAACAAAAAAUAAGUGAGAAAAAAAACCAAUCGAGGUGAAUGAAAAAUUUCAAUCGCAAAUUGGGAUACAUUAUAAUUUUAACUAAAAUUUCAUUUGUUUUCGAUGUGAAUAUUUAUUUUGAGCUUCGGGCACUGCCGUCAGCUUAAACACACCAUAGCCAAAACAAAGAAAAAUUUUUAUGAAAACCAAGCCGAAAGAGAAAUGUUAAAUAUCAGAAUGAUGAUAUGAAUAACAAUACAUUGUGCCAGUAUUUUCUAUAAAUGAUAGAUUUAUUAUACAUUCAAAUGGGCUGGAAGACAUGGUGUUUGAGUAGAGAAAAGCGAUUUUGAAACGAGUGAGAUUCCCGUUGAAUCGGUUACAUUUAGCUUCUUUUUUUCCCUUUGCAUUGGUCAAUUUUCCGAAAUCAUUUCAUAAUAUUGCAUUUGUCGUGGAUUUGGCUGAGAGCGCAGACCUCAAAACAUUUUCUUCAUUUCCAUCAUUAAAUUUCUCUAUAUUCAACAAACAAUUUGUCUGCUUGCAACAUUGAACAUUUCGUUGAAAUGCAAAAUCGCAAGAGAAAAAACUAAUAAAACAAAAACAAUUACAAUGCUUAGACUGCACUAAACUAGGUUUUAAGUGACAAAUUAUUUGCUAAGUUCAUACAAAAAUCAUACAACAACAAGAAGGCUAUGCAAACAUAUGUUCGGUUGACAUUUUUGUAUAAGAAUGAUAUGAUAAAAACCGAAAAAAGUUGCAAAACGAAAGAAGAAAAAAAAAACAAAUUGAAAUGAAGCCAUUGGCACGGCUGUCCGUUGCCGCUAAACUAUGAUUGAUGAUUAUGGAAUCGAUAUGAAUGCGAAUAAAAACGGAAGAAAAAUUGUAUGAUUAAAUUCUUAGAUAACUACGUCAUCUCAGGAUGUAAAUAUACCUAAACGAUAAAGUAUGAAAUGAAGAAUAAGAAACUAAUAACAACAACAGCAAGCGUAAGCAAAAUACAAGCAAAAACAAACAUAACUACUAAUUCUAAUAUGAUAAUGAGACAUUGCUACCGGUAAAUUAUUGAUUAUUGAUUUAAAUUUUAAUGAGUAAUUAAAUUUAUUUAGACAAAAAGCAAAUAAAACAAAAAGAAAAGUGAAUAAUAAAAUGAACACAUCAAAUAUUGCAA